AUGGUGGAGCGCAUGGCCUACUUCGGCCUCUCCGUCAACAUGGUCAUCUUCAUGUUCAAGGUCAUGCACCGCCCUUCACCAGCUCCGCCAACGCCGUCAACAACUUCCUCGGCAUCUCCCAGGCAUCCUCCGUGCUGGGGGGUUUCCUCGCCGACGCCUACCUGGGGGCUGGGGCGGUACUGGACCAUCGCCAUCUUCACCAUCAUGUACCUGCUGGGCCUCAUCGCGCUCACCGUCAGCGCCAGCGUGCCGGCGCUCGUGCCCACCCAGGAGGGCUCUGACAAGCUCGCCAUGCUGCUGGGCGCCUGCGCGCCCGCCGCGCCCUGGCAGAUGGCGUACCUCCAGACGGCGCUCUACGUCACGGCGUUCGGCGCGGCCGGGAUCCGGCCCUGCGUCUCCUCCUUCGGCGCCGACCAGUUCGACGAGCGCCGCCCCGGGUACAAGCGCCGCCUCGACCGCUUCUUCAACCUCUUCUACCUCGCCAUGCAGCACGGCUGGGCCGCGGCGUUCGGCACGCUCGCGCUCGCCAUGGGCGCCUCCAACGCGCUCUUCUUCGUCGGCACGCCGCUCUACCGCCACCGCCUGCCCGGGGGAAGCCCGCUCACGCGGGUGGCGCAGGUGCUCGUCGCCGCCUUCAGGAAACGGAACGCGGCCUUCGACAGCGGUGACUUCGUCGGCCUCUACGAGGUCGCCGGCGCCAAGUCCGCCAUCCGUGGCAACGCCAAGAUCGACCACACCGACGACUUCAGAUGGCUUGACAAGGCCGCGCUGCAGAUGGAGGGUGACCUCGCCGGUGGCGAGGAGGCGGUGAACCCGUGGCGUCUGUGCACGGUGACGCAGGUGGAGGAGGUGAAGAUCCUGCUGCGGCUGCUGCCGGUGCCGGCGUGCACGGUGAUGCUGAGCGUGGUCCUCACCGAGUUCCUCACCCUGUCGGUGCAGCAGGCAUACACGCUCAACACCCGCGUGGCGGCGCUGCACCUGCCGGUGACGUGCAUGCCGGUGUUCCCCUGCCUCGCCAUCUUCCUCAUCCUGGCGCUCUACUACCAGACCUUCGCCUCGCUGGCGCGCCGCCUCUCGGGCCACCCGCACGGCGCCUCCCAGCUGCAGCGCGUCGGGCUGGGCCUCCUCUUCUCCAUCCUCUCCGUCGCCUGGGCGGGGCUCUUCGAGCGCUACCGCCGCGGCUACGCCGUCCGCCACGGCUACCUCGCCCUCUUCCUCACGCCCAUGCCGGACCUCAGCGCCUACUGGCUGCUCAUCCAGUACUGCCUCAUCGGCGUCGCCGAGGUGUUCUGCCUCGUCGCGCUCCUCGAGUUCCUGUACCAGGAGGCGCCCGACGCCAUGCGCAGCGUCGGCUCCGCGUACGCCGCCGUCGCCGGCGGGCUCGGCUGCUUCGUGGCGUCGGCUAUCAACACCGCCGUGGAUGCCGCGACGCGGAACGACGCGGAGGGGCGGCCGUCGUGGCUGGCGCAGAACAUCAACGUCGGCAGGUUCGACUACCUGUACUGGCUGCUCGCCGUGCUCAGCACCAUCAACCUGCUCGUCUUCGUCUACUUUGCCAAGCGGUACAAGUACAGGGUCAGGGUCGACACGCAGCAGACCACAGUUGUUGUUAAUAAGCAGUAG